AUGGCGCCCCAAAAGAAGGGAAAGAUCAAGACCUCUGACUUCGUCGGCUUUGACGGUGGCGACGACCAUGAACUGUUCAAGGCCGAGACUCCGUCCAAGAUGGCAACCUUUCCAUCUCAUCAAAGUGCCAACACUUCGCGUCCCAAAGCUGCCUCGACUCUGGACAAGUGGCCCACACGCGAUCUCUUCAGAAACCCGGUUACCCUUGUCGUCGGCGCAAAGAAGAAAUCGUACACUCUGCACAAAGAUCUUCUCAUCUUCUACUCGGACUUCUUCCGCGCUGCUCUCUACGGAUCCUUCAAGGAGGCGGAGGAACAAAGAGUCGAGCUGCCCGAAGUCGACGAAGAAGUUUUCGAGACCUUCCAGCUGUGGCUCUACACUCGCAGACUUGAUCAUGCCGAAGUGAGCUUCAUGACUAUCACGAGACUUUGGGUCUUCGCCGAUCAGCAUCAGAUUCCACUCCUACAGAACUAUGCCAUGGACCUGAUGUUCGAGAGAAGAGUGAAGAAAAACUGCUUUGACACAAGCACAAUCAACUUCGUGUAUAACAACACCGUUGCUGGAUCCCACUUGCGUCGGGCUGUGAUCGAAAUUAGUACCUCUUUGGUCAAUUCACCUGGUGCCCACGAGAGACCAGAGCACUGGACGGUUGAGAGUCUUAUCGAUCUCGUACGCGCAGUCGACAGCCGUCUCAAGGACUUGAAACAGUACUCGCUCCCGAAGAGAGACAAGUGCUUCUUCCAUGUCCAUGGCAAAGAUGAGGAAUGUUGA